UCAGUCGUUUCCUAUUGGUCGACAGACAGACAAUCCCGAGGAAGGCCCACCUACCUAGAGAUCAGUUACUGACUGUCAGCAGCUCCCGUUCUAGGCUAUAUUUGAAUCAGCUGGGCAAUAGAACCUUGAGGAAACAAGUCAUCUUUGUAAAGAAAAGAGCUCCAGGACCAGGGUCGAGAUGGAUGUGUUCAUGAAAGGGUUGUCCAAAGCUAAAGACGGCAUGGCGAUGGCCGCGGAGAAGACUAAGGAGGGAGCUGCGCUGGCGGCGGAAAAGACCAAGGAAGGCGCCAUGUUUAUCGGCACCAAGGCCAAAGAUGGUGUUGGUUCAGCGAAGGACCUUGCUGGUGGAGCCAUGGGGAAUAUCGCUGCAGCCACUGGCCUGGGGAAGAAGGACGAGUUCCCAUCUGACAUGAACCCUGAGGAGUAUGGGCAGGAGGCCAUGGAAGGAGAGCCACAGGGAGAUCAGCAGGAGGGAGAGACAUAUGACGAGAACCAGCAGGACUACGAACAAGAAGCAUAAAACCCAUCACUGCAAAUCUCCAUCCAACCAGCAGCACAAUUUAUUACAACAAAAAGGACAAAUGCCGAAAGUACCACAAUAAUACAAAUCUAAUCCUGCAAAAAACAAAACAAAAACACAAACACAAACAAGAAUUCCACCUGAGAAAAAAUGUUCUUCCUUCGUCUUGAAGACGAAUCUUUUAUGAUAAUCGAUGCUAUAUUGUAAAUGUCAUGUUACUGCUGUAAUGUGUUGGGUCGUGUAGUUGUUUCUGGAGAUGUAGAAGAGCCCGCUGUCUCGAGUCUCGUUUCCUUGAUUCCCUCCCAAUGGAACGAGACCCCCUGACCGGGCCUAUGGCUUGUGACCAUAGAAAUACAAUCCAUAGAACAGGCCUCCCCAUUCAAGACUGGACUCUAUUUCUAUGCGUGUGACUAUUUCUAUGCGUGUGACUCUUUGUGUGUUUCUGUAUUUAUAAAUGUGAGAUAAUAACAGGUGUGUUUUUCUCAUCUUACAACAACGACGUUGGGAGCGAAAGGAAAUAAUUAAUCCGAUUGCAGAUGUAGAUAUGACUACUACCAAUAAUAUUAUAGAAGUGUGUUCAAUGUCUGUUUUGGAUUUACUUUUGGAGCAAGUUUUUAUUAAUUUAACGUAUUUUUAAGUGAGAGUUUUAUACAUUGUAUCUUUAUAGUUGCUUGUGAAAUCAUUCUGGUGGAACUAUCUGUUAAAAAUGGAUAAACUACGUGUGUGUGUGUGUGUGUGUGUGUGUGUGUGUGUGUGUGUGUGUGUGUGUGUGUGUGUGUGUGUGUGUGUGUGUGUGUGUGUGUGUGUGUGUGUGUGUGUGUGUGUGUGUGUGUGUGUGUG